AUGGCCACCGAUACGCCAAUCCGAAUUGGAGUAAUGGGAUGCGCAGGAAUCGCUAGAAAAGUCUCCAGUGCCAUCCACCUCGCUCCAAACGCCACUAUCACAGCCGUUGCAAGCCGCUCUCUAGAGAAAGCCAAAACGUUUGCUACCGCCAACGGCUACAACCAAUCCGUGAAGAUCCACGGCUCCUACGAAUCGAUUCUCGAAGAUUCAGAGGUUGAUGCUCUUUACAUUCCUCUCCCCACUAGCCUCCAUGUCGAGUGGGCCAUACGCGCUGCCGAGAGUGGAAAACACAUCCUUCUGGAGAAGCCCGUGGCUAUGAACGUAGCUGAGUUCGACAAGAUUGUCGCGGCUUGUGAGAAGAACGGUGUUCAGAUUAUGGAUGGUACCAUGUGGGCUCAUCACCCUAGAACGGCUAAGCUUAAGGAGUUUCUCUUCGAUUCCGACAGUUUUGGUCAGCUGAGAAACAUACAUAGUAACUUCUCAUUAGCUGGGGAUGAAGAUUUUCUUAAAAACGACAUCCGUGUGAAACCGAGUCUUGAUGGUCUCGGUGUGCUCGGAGACCUUGGAUGGUACGCAAUCCGAGCAGCGCUUUUCGCCAACGACUUCGAGCUUCCCAAAAUCGUCAUGGCCUCUCCAGGGACUGUCCUGAACGAGGCAGGAGUGAUUCUCUCAUGUGGAGCAUCUUUGAGCUGGAGACGGACGAACCGCAACCAUAUAUUGCUCUUUUUUGGCAAACGUGGCGAUGGAGAUAACCGCCGUUGGAACAAAAGGUACACUUUGUGUUCAAGAUUUUGUUAUUCCCUUUGA